GCGAUCGUUCUUCUUAUAUCUAGCUUUCAUGAAAAAAAAAUACAAAAAAAAAACAACAACGUACUUUUACUUUCAACGCUUUCAAAUAUUUUGAAUUUUGCGAGGGAGUUGAUUACAAAUUUAUUUAUUUAUUUAUUCGUAAUAAUAAUAAUAAUAUUAUUGCAAUUAUUCUAAUCGAGGGUAAAAGUUGUCUAUGGUAUUUUUUAUUUUUGUUUAUUUACUAUAAGAAGUAAAUAUGUCUGUUGAUCAGAUCCAGUACUCGGAAAAAUAUUGUGAUGACAAGUUUGAGUACAGACAUGUUAUUUUGCCGUCUGACAUUGCUAAAAAUGUACCAAAAUCUCAUUUGAUGUCGGAAUCUGAGUGGCGUAAUCUUGGAGUACAACAGAGCCCGGGUUGGGUUCAUUAUAUGAUGCAUAGCCCAGAACCGCAUGUUUUACUAUUUCGUCGAUUAAGAACAGAUCCGCCAUUAAAUAUAAGAAACUCUCAACCAGAAACCCGAACUACUUGCUGUAAAUAAAAAAAAUAAGUAUAAUACUUAUCGGAAGAUGUUAUAUAGAUUAUAAAAGUACUUAUUUAUUUUUUCAGUAAUUAAAUAUUGUAAUUUAUAACUUGAAUAUUUAAUUAAGGCAUUUGUAACUUUUUUAAAGUUUGUGAAAUUAAUGUUUAUAAUUACAGCCAAAAUAUUUAUUUAAAACUUUACAACUUUAAAAUAA